AUGCGCCCGUUAUCUUUGAAAGGCCAUGAUCGAGCGUUAACUCGAGUCCGUGUUAAUCAAGAUGGCGACAUAUUGUUUUCCUCUGGCAAGGAUAAGUCACCAUGCGUUUGGUAUAUGGAAAAUGGUGAACGAAUAGGAACAUAUGAUGGCCAUGGUGGUGUUAUAUGGGAUAUUGACGUAUCAUGGGACACAAAAAAUCUUUGUUCCGCUUCUGGAGAUUCGUCUGUAAAGUAUUGGGAUUGCGAAACAGGAAAGGAACUUAAUUCUCUAAAAACCCCAACCCCAGCUCGUUCAAUCGGGUUGUCUUACAGUGGUUAUCUUAUUGCUUUCACAACAAACAAAAUGACGCAAAAUAAGGCAAGUCUGAAGACUUUUAAGUUGCAUUUGACAAAAGAUGCAUCCUUGUGUGUUGUCGACACUCGUGAUCAUUUACAAAUGACUGAAGACGGUAGAGUAUGCGUAUACAGGGAAAAUUUCGAUGUUUCUGCAAAUGCUUGUGUUUGGUCUCAUUUAGAUGAUCAGAUAUGUACUGGAAAUGAAAAAGGUGGCAUUACCCUGUACGAUUUGCGAAAGAAAGAACUCAGCAAUUUUAGUGAAAUGGUUCAUAAGUUCCAGAUUCAUGAUAUGCAAAUGAGUGCUGACCAGAAUUUUUUAAUAACAGCUUCUAAGGACAAAACUGCAAGGCUUUUUGAUGCUCGUUCUCUGGAGUGUUUGAAAGUUUAUAAGUCUGAAAGGCCAGUUAAUUCCGCCGCGAUUUCUCCAACUAGAGAUCAUGUAGUUCUCGGCGGUGGUGAAGAGGCUAUGCAAGUGACACAAACGGUGCUUUCAUCUGCCCACUUUGAAGCGAAAUUUUACCAUAUGAUAUUUGAGGAGGAAUUUGCACGUUUUAAAGGACAUUUCGGACCAAUUAAUACUAUUGCAUUUCAUCCAAGUGGUAAUUCUAUAGUCACAGGUGGUGAGGACGGAUAUGUCAGAGUACAAGAGUUUGAUGCUGAUUAUUUGAAAUUUGAUUACGAAUAUUAA